AUGGCUGCCGCUGCGAGGACGCUCAACAGCUUUACCUCAGGCAUAGGCCGUGUCUCCAAGCGGCUUAUUGCUUCGUAUGUGCUCGACUGGAUUCUGAUAUGGGCGACGGUGGCAGUUGGCGCCGCCUUCUCGCAGAUCCACGGAAACAAACAUUCGUUCUCCCUCCAAGAUCCAAAUAUUUCCUAUCCUUACCACGAUGAUACUGUCACGGUCCCAGUCCUGAUCGUGGUUGCCGUUGUCGCACCAGGGGUGAUCACUGCGGCCAUCUCCCUGCUUUUUGUCCCCGGCCCGACCGCCCAUCGAUCAACUCCCAAGGCAUUGAUCUGGCGCAGAAAGCUCUGGGAGUGGAACGCAGCAUGGAUGGGUCUUGGUGUCGCCGUGGCAGGUGCGUUCGUCAUCACUGAGGGACUGAAAGAUCUCGCUGGGAAACCCCGACCCUUUCUGCUCGCCGUGUGCGACCCGGACUUGAGUCCUGAAGCCAUCCGCAGACACCAAGUAGGUGGACUGGGGACAUCCAUAGACUCGGCUACGCCGAUUGUCGUCGAUUGGCAUAUCUGUCGCACCACCGACCAGAGCAAAUUGCGCGAUGCAUUCGCGAGCUGGCCGUCGGGGCAUUCGAGCUUCAGCUGGGCGGGCUUGUUCUAUCUCACUUUGUUCAUCUGCUCCAAAUUCGCAGUUCAGAUCCCUUUCUUGUCGCCAAGCUCGGAAAGUGGACGACAGACGUCCGCGUUUGACGAGGAGGAGGAUCAGCUUGGGAAGGAAUCAAUGAUUACCACCUCUUCUCACCAGCGGCACCACCCUCCUCGAAACCAAGCGGCAGCUCCUCCCAUAUAUCUGCUGAUUAUUGCAUUCAUUCCCAUCGCAGUCGCCAUGUUCAUCUCAGUGUCGCGGUAUUUCGACGAUCACCACGCCGGGUUCGACAUCAUUUCGGGCUCGGUCCUCGGCAUUUUCACCGCCUGGUUGGGGUUUCGAUGGUAUCAUCUACCGAUACAGGGAGGAAGCGGGUGGGCCUGGGGAGCAAGGAGUCGUGAUCGAGCCUUCUGGCUGGGCUUAGGCCGUGCGGGAUACGUGGGCGAUGAAGGCUGGGAGGCUGCGAACUUGACAGCGCACAAUCGAGGUCUAGAAGCUGGUCAACAGGUCACAGCGGCUGGUCUACCUGAUCAGCAGGAUGCAACAGAGACAGUUGUGGCAAACAGAGUUUAG